AUGAGCUACCUGCCGUGGCCCAUCAUGCCCAAGGAGGUGUUCCCGUGGAUGAAGAAGCCCGUCUACCAGCCGCCCACCAAGAAGAUGAACGCCGUGUCCAUGUACAGCACCACCUUCAUCCCGCCCGGCUGGUUCCAGCGGGAGCCGUGCAGGGAGGCGCGCGCGACGCCGCAGCUGUGCGCGCCCGGCUGCUCUGACAAAUGCCCUCCGCAGUAG